GAGCAUUGUUAGAUUCAAGCUUAAUAAAAUUGCGCCACUAAUAAGUCUUUGGCUUAUGUGCUGAAAUAAAGAAGAUAAAAGGCCCGGUGCGUGCUGUGAGCAAUGGCAAAGAACCUUAGGUAUGGAAUAACAACGCGGAACCUAUACGUUGGAAAUUUAUAUGAAAACGGUUGUAUGCUUCUGCAACGACAAAAGGGCUGAGUACCCAUUUGUACGGCCUCCUUGUAAUAGUGCAUUCCUAGGCUAAGGCAAACGCUUAAAGCAAUCUGUAAGAUUCGCAGUCUUUCAAUAUCGUCGCUGGCAUCUGCUCUUUCAUUCAAGGACGUUUACAGCAGACCUUCUCCACAGGCUACGCCCCUCAAAACAGCCAUUUUAGGUAUAAACCUUACUGUGCCUAACGUCAACUUAGUAUAUUUUCUGAACAAAAAUGGGAGGACAGCGGCAUAGCAAGAAUGCUGGCGUCAUGGGCUCAGAGUCCCUGACUUAUGCCGAACGAAAAGCGCUAGGCUUUGGAACAGUAAAAGAGCGCGUGGGCAAGGACUCCUUAGGGAAUUACGACGACUGCUGCCUUACCCUCAUGGAAGCCAAGGACCCUGUUAUUACCCCGCACGGAUACUUAUUCAGCAAGGAGGCCAUCCUUGAGAACCUACUGGCUCAGAAAAAGGCCAUUAAACGGAAUUUGGAGGCUUACGAGGCGGCGCAGCAGCAGCAGCGGCAAAAGGAGCUGGAGCAGCAGGCCAUCGCGCACGAGGCGGCGCUGGUGGCGUUUGACCGGCGCAACCACCUGGGGGUCAGCGAGGGGGUGGCGGCCAGGCUUGAGGCCGCUAUCGUGGCGGAGGCUGAGGCGCUCCGUAACCCUCGCGAGGCGGGCGGCGCCAAGUCGGUGAUGGCCAUCAAGGGCAACGAGGAGCGGGCCAAGGAGCUCAAGGCAUUCUGGAUGCCCUCCUUGACCCCCCAGGCGGAGGUGCGGGUGGACAAACCCGACACGGACACGCGCUGCCCCGCCAGCGGCAACAAGCUGAGGAUGAAGGAUCUGGUUGCCGUGCGGUGGACUGCCGUACCCGAGGGCGAGUGCGGCAAGCACAUGGACCCCAUCACCAAGGAAACCUUCACCAACGCGUCUAAGCUGGUGGUGCUGGCACCCACGGGUGAUGUGAUGCUGAAGGAAACGUACGACAAGUGCGUCAAGUCGGAGGGCAGCUACGGAGGCAAGCGAGUGCGGGACAAGGACGUCAUUCCGCUGCAGACGGGCGGGACAGGGUUCGCGGCGCGGGACGGAGAGAAGGUGCAGACGCAAAAGUACUUCAUGCUGGGUCCCGGCAACGGGCUGCGCGACCUGCGAGGGCAGCACCAGGGGCCGCGCUCGCUGGGCGGCCUAGCAUUCAUGAACUGAGCGGGCGGUCGGAGGCGCUGCGCCGCCACAUGCACUGGGGGCCUGUUGGGGAGGCGGUUGCUGUGCUGCUGUGGCUCAUGGGGCGCGGCGGUGGCAGCGGCAGCAGCGCCGUUUUGAGUGUAAUAUGAGAGGUGCAGGAGAGGUAGAAGCAGGGUUUGGAGGGCUGUUUUUAGGCCAGCAACGAACGAGGAUGCUUCAUGUGUACAGCAGUCUACGGAAUGUACGAUUGCCGGGUGCAUGACCCGCUCCUGGUGUGAUGGCUUAACACAGAGUCUCUGAUGGCAGAAAGCGGCGCUGGUGGCCCUGUGCGUGGUAUUGGAUGGAAUUGGCAAGGGAAGUGAUUCCAUACCUGGCGUUGUACUACUCUCCAGUACGCCAGCCAGCCUUGGUGACUGUAUUUAGGGAAGGACCCGCAUAAUCACGCUUGGGUUUGCAGCGGCUUUGGCUGCGUCAGCAAUGAAGACGGAUGAGACGGACUUGGAAGCAUCGCAAUACGUCAUUGUUCAUGGCGCAUGGCGAUGGUGGUGGCGAGGGUGCGGAAAGCUGAGGGAGUUCAGCAAACAACCGCCCAUUGGUCGUGCCUGGACUGUACACAGUGCAUUAUCCUGCAACGGCGUCGUCCAACGAACAAUCAAGUGUUUACAAGUAUCUUGAAUCUUCAUCAUGCCGACAUGCUCAGGGCCCAUUGCACACGCGCAUACGUCGAACAAGGUUGACAAAAGGUGCGUGAAUGGGAGUAUAAGCUCCACAGCGGUUACUGUGCAAGCCGUGCGCACGUUUUUGCUGUUUCAUUUCAGCACAAUACAUUCAAUGUUGAGGCAACUGGGCCAACCAAACACAAUACCGGUGACAUGCCUGGUUUUCAUGACCAGGAGUCAUGAAAAUGGCUGUAGCGAGCUGCGCGUCUAAUAGCGGCUCGGGCCUUUUACCAGCAAUGCUAUUUUGUGGGCCCCAAAGAGAAGACAACCAAAACGCCACAAGCCUUACGUCUGC